UAGGCUUUGUGCAUGAGACGUCACUCAUUCCUCUAUAUGUUCAUGUUAAAUUAUUAUUGAUUGAAUGACAAAACCAAAACUAUUGUUGAUAAACCUAAAAUACUACCAAAAGUCUUUAAUAAAUCACGUCAUGAUACGUUUUACACACUACACAUCUGAUGAUUUGCUUAUUCAUCGAGAAUUGAGCCAAUUCCAUGGAUAUGUUCUACGAAACAGAAUAGUCAAGUACAUCACAUCUAAUGAUUAUAAACAUAUCUCAGUGCUAAACAAUGAUGUGUUCAAACCGCAUUUGUUGAAAUAUUUGUAUACAAAGUUCCGCCUAAAUUUAUGCAAUGAACGAUACAUGUCUAUCAGCAAUAACGUGUGUGAAAAACCAGAGUCAAAUGGAUUACACAUUUCAAGUUCAAUGCGAAGAGAAUACUAUAAUGACAUUCACAUAUGUUUGAAGGACUUGAAAAAAUCGGAACACGAUAUUAUAUUGAAUACAAACAAAGAUGACGCAGCGCAGUAUGCAUUCUGUGAUGAUGAGAUGGAUUCAUCUUUAUUUCCUAAGGUUACUGAUACCAUGAAAACGAGCACAAAUCCCAACGAUAUGUUGAGUUCUAAUGAAUCUACGGUAUUUUUGGAUGCUACUGAAGGAGAUUAUGAGACCAAUCAUAUUCAUGAUAGCGAUGAUGAUACGAUUAAAUCCGCUACUAAAACUAGCACAAGUAAAAUUUCGUUGGACAGUAUUUCUUUACCACAACCUGAGACACUGGCGGACAAUACAAAGGAUUGUGUAACGAAAAAUGAGAGCGCCAUGACUGUGAUGGCUAUUGAAAACCAGGAUGUCAGCGAUAGCGACUGGGGAAAAGAAAGAGACGUAUUGAUUAUACGAGACGAGAACAAAUCAUUCGGAAUAAGCAUAGUGGGAGGAACGGUUAAUGUUUCAAACGAUACAAUUGUUUCCGGAAUAUUUAUAAAAAAUAUUAUACCUAACAGUCCUGCCGAUAAUUGUGGAUUACUGAAGGUUGGCGAUAGAAUUUUAUCAGUUGAUGGAAUAGACAUUAGGCAGUCUUCGCAUGAUUACGCAUUGAAAACAAUCAAGAAUGCUGAUAGCAAAAUGAUUCUACAAGUACAAAGUCUUGUUAAAAAGAUUGAAGAUACUUUCGAAGCAUCUACAAUAUUGAAAAAAAUUCCACCACCGGUAACACCUUGCAAAACCCCUGAGCCAUUAAUAAUUCAUGAAGGAAACGGACAUUUGUCUAGUGGAAAUGAAAAUGCUAAAGACAAGGACGAAAAUAUAUCAAUCAAGCUAACAAUGGAAAAUGAUUCACAAACUAAUAAACAAGCCGAUUCGGGACCAGAAGACUCAUCUGAUGAUGAAGACGCACGAGACCUGGAAGGAAAAACGUAUACCAAGGCAGGCUUUGAGAUUGAUCGAGCAUCUGCAGGUAACAUUAAAAGGACUAAAGAAGAAAUUUCGUUAGAUACAGAAGAAGAAGAUUGUUUCGGUUAUACUUCCAAGAAAAUAAAAAAACGUUACUCGGCACUAGGACAAGUAAUUCAUCAUUCAGUUGAUCGAAGUAGUGGCUGUGCAUUAGGCAUUUCUCUUGCAGGACAUCGAGAUAGAACAAAAAUGGCAUGCUUCAUUGCAGGGAUUAAUCCCAAAGGCUCAGCUGCUGCAGCUCCAUUUGAAAUUGGUGAUGAAAUUCUUGAGGUAAAUGGAUUGGUGCUGUACGGAAGAUCUCAUCUCAAUGUGCCUACAAUAAUCAAAAGUUUAGAAGGUUCAUCACUCAAAUUCAUCAUUUUAAGGCGAAAAAAUGCAACGGGGGAAUUAGCCGUGAAACCUGUAACACAAUUUCCAGUGUGUAUUGAUGAAGAGGAUGAAAUAUAUUCAACUUACAAAAAUGUACGAACAGUUUCCAUCAAAAAGGCUACUUCGGGACUCGGCAUAAUGAUAAUUGAAGGAAAGCAUGCAGACGUUGGCCAAGGAAUAUUUAUAUCAGACAUACAAGAAGGAUCAAUGGCAGAUAAAGCUGGACUGAACAUAGGCGAAAUGAUAUUAGCUGUAAACAAGGAUUCUCUCAUCGGAUGUAAUUACGAAACUGCCGCAUCGCUAUUGAAAAAAACUGAGGGCGUUAUUACCUUAAAAAUAUGUAAUCCAAAUAAAGCUAAAGAGUCAACUGAAGCAAACAUUAAUCUCUUAGAGCCUAAACAACCCAGUACAGUGUCAGGUAAAACUUCGCCUGUUCAUGUUACUGACCCCAAGACAGCGAGUAGACCUGUAACACCCAAACCUCAAGCGUCCCCAGUAAAAGAGGUAGUGGACCCAUUGAAGGCCGAAGUUAUAUCGAACGAAUUUUCAACUAUAGAAAUCAACAGCGAUAAAAAACCACUGGGGAUCUUUGUCAUUGGAGGAACUGAAACCAAGAUCAAUGGCGCAGUCAUCAUUGAAAUUUUACCGAAUAGUGUUGCGUUCAACGACAAGCGUCUGCAAGUGUUUGAUCAAAUCGUAGAGAUCAAUGGAACGAAAGUGCUACAUGACUCAAAUGAAAAACAAGUACAGAAGGCUGUGAAGCAACUGCAACCAAGAGUGCGUCUGGUGGUGUUUCGGCCGACUGUGCCAGAAACAGAAGCUGUGGAUGUCGAACUAUUCAAAAAGCCAGGAAAACUCUUAGGUGUUGGUUUCCGAGCAAACCAUCCUCAUGGAGUUGUAAUUACAGAUAUGCUCCCAGGCGGUACAGCCGAAUCAGAUGGAAGAAUUCGGAUUGGUGAUAUUAUAACUAGUCUUGAUUCCGAAAAGUUAAGCAAUUUGUCAUAUGAUGAUUGUUCACUUUUGUUCAAAACUGCUCAAGGAAAAAUAUUUCUUUCAAUUUUAAGACCAAAGCCGAAAAAUCGUGCAGUGUAGAUAAGUAAUGUUUUCUAAUAUAUAUGUAAGGUUUUUAAUUUAUUAAUUUAGCUACGAACAUAGACAAAUGCGCCUUAGUAGAGGUAUUUAAUAGUGAAAAUUAACAAUGUUAAUUGUCCAAAAGUUCUAAAAUAAACCGACAUUUGUUAUAUAGGAUCAGUGUACCAGUAUUGGCUAUAGUUAGUCGUCAUAUCAUGAUAAAGUCGAUUUCCUCGAUAUUCUCUCAACAAACGGAUGAUGUCUGGACAUUAGGUAGUAGUUUAAGAUUUAUUUAGUUUUUAUGUAAACCGCUUAAAAUUUUUUAAAAGAAGUUUCAAAACUAGUUAAAUAUGAACUAGCUAUGACCAUAGUUUUCUAGUUGUCAACUGUCAUAAUCAGUUGGCCAUAAAGGUAAAGAGUUGUAGAUUAAAAUGGUUAUUUAGUCUUCAAUAAAACACAAAAAACAAUUGAAAUGUCUUAAAGAAGUGAGAAAAUAAUCAAAGGUUCAAUAACCUAUUAACAUUCAUGUAAAUGGUUCAAUGAUGCUAUAUUGUUAAAAUAUAUUGCAUAUUUUUUAAAUAUGAAUAAGAAAAGAAAUAAAGCACUUAGGAACAAGUUA